AUGCAGUCUAUCUCUCAACAGACGGACUUGGUGACGGACGGCAGCGCCAGAGAAGGACGAGAAGAAGAGAAGCCUAAGGACAAGGACAAGGAUAAGGAGGAGGAGGACAAGGAGGAGGAGGAGGAGGAGGAGGAGGAGGUAGAGGAAGUAGGAAGCCCGGGAAGAAGAAGCCCGGGAGGAAGGAGAAGACGCCUACCCGAGAAGAAGACGCCUACCCGCCCGAGAAGAAGACGCCCGAUAGAGAUAGAAAUACCUAGGAAAAAUAGAGAAGCCUACGAAGAAGCCUACGAAGAAGCCUAUAAAGAAGCCUACGAAGAAGCCUACGAAGAAGCCUACGAAGAAGCCUACGAAGAAGCCUACGAAGAAGCCUAG